UGGUCUUCACAUUAUUUAGCAGAUUCGGGUUAUGUCAAAUCUCUGUUUAUUGAGUUUGGAAUUCGACGAAGUUUGGGUAACAACGUUUGUACCGUCAGUGGAUUCUAGUUCUUGAAAUUUUCUAUCGUAAAAGAAUUUCAACGGAUAUCUUGAGCUACUUGGUAUUCGAAUUGGAUUAAGAGAGCAACGAUGGCGCAUUACAAGGGAGCGGCCAGCGAAGCUGGCCGAGCGAUGCAGCUGAUGAAGAAGCGAGAGAUAGCCCAACAGGAGAUAGAAUUGCGGAAAAAGAAGAUAGAGGAUGAUCUAAAGAUCGAUAACAUAGAAAAUAAAUUUGCCAGUCAUUACGAUGCCGUGGAGCAGCAACUAAAGACGUCAACGAUCGGUCUGGUGACAUUGAACGAGAUGAAGGCUAAACAGGAAAAUAUAGUAAAAGAACGCGAGAGAAAAUUGGCACAGAAAGAAAGGGAGAAGGAGCAGGAAAAGGAACGGGCGCUGGCAGCCAAGCAGGCGGAGAAGAAUAAGCAGAAAAGGCAGAUCCAAGCUUUGUCGUUUGACCUGAACGAAGACGAGGAUGAAGGAGAGGAUUCCGGGGCUGAGUCUGACGCUAAAUCCGAGACUUCGGUUGCCUCUAAUCAGUCCAAGGGUAUCGACGAUAAAUUGGCAAUUCCUCUGCCUAAGAAGAUUAAGAAAAAUCCUGACGUCGACACGAGUUUUUUGCCGGACAGAGAAAGGGAAGAGGAGGAAAACAGACUGAGGGAAGAACUGCGCCAAGAAUGGGCGACCAAACAAAAUGUGCUCAAGGAAGAGGAGAUCGAAAUUACUUUCAGCUAUUGGGACGGUUCUGGGCACAGAAGAAGCGUUGUCAUGAAGAAAGGUAACUCGAUAUAUCAGUUGCUUCAACGAUGCCUAGAAGUUUUGAGAAGAGAAUUUAGCGAGUUAAAGACAGUCAUGGCUGACCAGCUGAUGUACGUCAAAGAAGACUUGAUUUUACCCCAUCAUUAUACUUUCUACGAUUUCAUAGUGACUAAGGCUAGAGGAAAAAGCGGUCCUCUGUUUACAUUCGACGUUCAUGACGACGUUAGAAUGAUGCACGACGCCUCAGUUGAGACGGAAGAAUCUCACGCUGGAAAAGUUUUAUUGAGAUCAUGGUACGAGAGAAAUAAGCACAUUUUCCCAGCCAGUAGAUGGGAACCGUAUGAUCCAACGAAAAGUUACGACAAAUAUACAGUUUCAGAUAAAAAUAAAAAGAAAGACAAAGUCUGAGGAUCGGAUAGACAAUGAGUCAGCGGUAUUAUCCAGUUAGAUAAAUUGAACACCACCACCAUCGACGGAUCCUUAUCAAAGUUGCGAAAACUUGAGUGAUUUUUGUAGCAGUGAAUAUAACGGAACAAUUAUUUAAUAAACAAACAACCAAUUCGAGCUACAACGAAGUUGUAUAAACGUAAUUUAUCACGAAUAAUGAAUUUUAAAAUCAAUCGUUUAAAUAAACAUUGCGAAAUCCUAUAA